CGCGUGGUCCAGUGAAGUCUCGAAAGACAGCUGGGAAGUUGAGUUGAAGUAACAGCAUCGAUUAUUCCUGUCUGCCCAGAGGUUAGCAGGAUUGAAGAGAGAAUUGAGAGACUGCCUGCCAGUUAGGUAUUCAUCCGCGACGAGAUGUUUGGAUGGCUAUAUCAGGAUGGCAGGGGCGGACUGCGAUAAGGCGCGUCGCACAACCACCACGAUGCUCAACGAUAGGAUGCGAUUGGUGGCAGAGUCAGCGAACGAGCACCCACAGUGGAUUUUGGAGAGGGUUGUUGUUGAGGGGUUUGGAGGAGAGAAAUGGCGCGAUGUCCAGAGCGGGUUCAGAGACAGUCUGUGCUUGGCAAUGGAACAUAAAAUAUUACGCAGUAAACAAGUGACAGCCCCGCCAGCCUCGUCGCGACAUAACCAUCUACAUACUGCGCACGAAGCACAACCUAGCUACAAUGAUGCCUUUGAUGCCUUCCUAUCUGCAUGAUUGGUCUGUUGAUUUUAUGCGUGAAUCUUUCUUAACUCAUUUGCAAGGCCGUCGGGUUGGCUAGCAGCCAUUUUGACACAUAAGCACCCC